UACCUUCUGGCUUCCUCCACUCCUGGGCACAAGACAUGGCCAUUCCUAGGGCGCGACAGUGCAGACGCAGCCGCCAGCCUCGCUGGGCGGCUCCUGGACUCCGCGAGGUCAGGAAGCAUCUGCUGAGUCGAGGCCCAUGCCCUCCUUGCAGCUGUCCUAGAACUGGCAGGAGGGGAACAUGGAGGAGACAAGCCUGAGGAAUCGGAGAGAAGAUGAGAAGUCCAUCCGGAGUAUCCAGAGUAAGGAACCCAAGACCACGAGUCUCCAGAAGGAGGUGGGCCUGCUCAGCGGCAUCUGCAUCAUCGUGGGCACCAUCAUCGGCUCUGGGAUCUUCAUCUCCCCCAAGUCUGUGCUCAGCAACACGGAAACCGUGGGGCCCUGUCUCAUCAUAUGGGCGGCCUGUGGGGUCCUCGCAACACUGGGUGCCCUGUGCUUUGCAGAGCUUGGCACGAUGAUCACCAAGUCGGGGGGCGAGUACCCUUACCUGAUGGAGGCCUUCGGGCCCAUCCCUGCCUACCUCUUCUCCUGGACCAGCCUGUUCGUCAUAAAGCCCACAUCCUUUGCCAUCAUCUGCCUCAGCUUUUCGGAGUAUGUCUGUGCGCCCUUCUAUUCGGGCUGCAAUCCCCCUCCGGUUGUCGUGAAAUGCCUGGCUGCCGCUGCCAUUUUGCUCAUCACCACGGUGAACUCGCUGAGCGUGCGGCUGGGGAGCUACGUCCAGAACGUGUUCACGGGGGCCAAGCUGGUGAUCGUGGCCAUCAUCAUCAUCAGCGGGCUGGUCCUCCUGGCCCAAGGGAACACAAGGAAUUUUGAGAAUUCUUUUGAGGGCACAAAACUGUCUGUGGGAGCCAUCAGUCUGGCAUUUUAUAAUGGACUCUGGGCGUACGAUGGAUGGAAUCAACUCAAUUACAUCACGGAAGAACUUAGAAACCCUUUCAGAAACCUGCCCUUGGCCAUCAUCAUCGGGAUCCCACUGGUGACAGGCUGCUACAUCCUCAUGAACGUUUCCUACUUCACCGUGAUGACGCCUACCGAGCUCCUGCAGUCCCAGGCGGUGGCCGUGACGUUCGGCGACCGCGUUCUCUACCCGGCCUCUUGGGUGGUUCCGCUGUUCGUGGCCUUUUCCACCAUCGGUGCCGCCAACGGGACUUGCUUUACGGCAGGCAGACUUGUGUACGUGGCGGGCCGGGAAGGCCACAUGCUUAAAGUGCUCUCCUACAUCAGCGUCAGGCGCCUGACUCCAGCCCCUGCCAUCAUCUUUUAUGGCAUCAUAGCAACUAUUUAUAUCAUCCCUGGUGACAUAAACUCAUUGGUCAAUUACUUCAGUUUUGCUGCAUGGCUGUUUUAUGGCCUGACGAUUCUGGGAUUGGUUGUCAUGAGGUUUACAAAGAAAGACCUGGAAAGGCCUAUCAAGGUGCCCAUUUUCAUCCCCAUCUUGGUGACUCUCGUCUCCGUGUUUUUGGUUUUGGCCCCAAUCAUCAGCGAACCCGCGUGGGAAUAUCUCUACUGUGUGUUAUUUAUACUGAGCGGCCUUAUAUUUUACUUCCUUUUUGUCCACUAUAAGUUUGGAUGGGCUCAGAAAAUCUUAAAGCCCGUCACCAUGCACCUUCAGAUGCUGAUGGAGGUCGUGCCGCCAGAGGAAGCUCCAGAGUAGCAAGCCCGGCCUCCCGGAGCCAAGUCCAAGCUGCGACGGAUUUGUGUAAGCGGUAUUUGUGGUUAUUUCUACCAGGUGUCUUCCUCAAGGAAAAAAAAAAAAAAACAAAAACAAAAAACACGUAUUCAGGUGUUCAUAACGCUGUUAUGUUUCCAUAGCCUCAGUUCUCUGGGUGGGGGUUCUAGAGAGAACGGACAGGGAUUUGCCGAAGUUAGCAGUGAAGAUGCAACCUAACUGAAGGCUGGCGGCCAGCCGAGGGCUCAGUGAAAACUACCACCUUACGACUGUGACGCUUCAGCGGGGGGAGGCACGUCACAUCUACUUAAAUAAAGGGCACUCUUUAAACCAGGGACCACUAAGGUGUGUAAAAAUACACACACGUUUUGCUCUGAUCGAAACAGAUUUUUAACACACUGAAGUACAGAUGUUUUACUGCCCACCCUCGCCGCUCCCAGAAGUACCGCACCCCCGUGUCCGAGGCAGGUCUAUCCCAGGCUGAAUGUCGAGGCCCCCACUGCAAGACGGACCAUCCAGAACCAUCCGCAGCCUGGUGCCCAGGACAGGCCCCACCUCAGCCCUCACAGACACUCUGGUCAAACCAGAAAGGGUGAUGAAUACAAUUCUAGUUUGCAUUCGGCACUCAGGGAAAACACUGUCUAAAAAAACGUAAAAUGGCAUUUCUGUGAAAACGCUGAAAUUUUAUUGAUAUACUACAAAAAAUAUUCACACCACGACUAAGUAUGAGAGCAAUUUUAGAAGCAUAGAGACAAAAGCACUUUCACUUUGCAUUUCGGAAAUCUUCCCCAAACGUGAAAUCCAUAUGUAUUAAUAGAACAAAAAAAAACGGUCAUUGUUUACAUUUCACAAGUCGGUGCCUACAUCCUACAGAAUGUUAUCCAGGACUUCAGGUAGUACAUUUCAAUGUCUGAAAAAAGAAGGCAAGAUUGAAACCUACAGCCCUGCUCCCCCGCCAUUUCCCUUUGGCUGUUUGUGAACGACUCGAGAGAACCAGAACCCACCCCCCUCCAUUUAUGCAGUUCUAUUACUUGCUCUUAUUAUGGGCUACGUUUUACAAAAGAGAGUGAUUACAAGCGAGCAUCAACGGCGGGUGGCCAACAAUCACAAGAAAAGCCAGUGCAGCUCAGGAGGCCCGGCCACCAGUCCAAAGGCUCCCCCAGUGGGAGCAAAAUUUCUAUUUACAGAAACCGACACCUGCUGAGGACAUUACAAAACCUUUGCCAGCAAAGACCAGGACUUCCUACUUCCUGAAGAGCCUGCACAAUUUAGUGAAGAAAAAGGACAAUCACCACUGUACCGCAUGUGUCCACGUGACACCUGCCGGUCAACCCACGGGAGUCACGGCAGCAGCAAGGGUGCGCUCCCCGCAGCGGGCAGGGGUCUGACCUCCAUCACCGAGGUGCUGCGCGGAACAGAGGCCCCUGCCCGGCAGCGUGCUGGGGCAAUGCCCGAAGCAAGGGCAGGCCACACCAUGAGCAGAAUGUCUUAUUCUACAGAUGAGGAAACUGAGAGCCAGAGCGUGAUCCAAACCUACUCACGGGACAGCCUGAUGACAGAGUUUACCUAUCGUUCCAGAGGUGGCUUAUGUACCUGGGACAAACACAAACGUGGACACCUGUGCUUUCUGACGUACACUAAGAAUAAAAAUCUUGGGGACAGUCACGACA